AUGGAACAUUCUAGAUUAUUAGAUAAUCAUAUUGAUAAUGAUUAUAGUGAUGAUGGAGUAGCAUUGGUUGGUAUUGGAUGUAGAUUACCGGGUGGAUCAAGAACCGGUCAAGAAUUCUAUGAACAGUUGUUGGGAGGGUUGAAUGCAUUCGUGUCGGUGACUCCAGAACGUUGGAGCAAGACAUAUGCCGACCAAGGACUGAUUGCAUCUGACAAGGCUGCCUUUGUCGAUUGGAACGAGUGGAUGCAUUUUGAUAACUCGUUCUUUGGUAUUCUACCCAAGGAUGCUGCCAUGGUUGAUCCCCAAGUACGUCUCUUUUUGCAUGUCGUGUGGGAAGCAUUGGAAGAUGCACACAUUGACCCUGCCUCGAUCAGAGGGAGCAAAACAUCGGUGUUUUUAGGUCAAAUGUUUGAUGCUGUCACCAAUAUGCAGACUAGAAACUUUGCAACCAUGACUCAUGCCUCGAGAUACGGUCGUUCAGACACUGCAAUCAAGGCAUCGUACCACUAUGAUUUCAGAGGAGAGUCCAUUGCCGUCGACACUGCCUGUUCAUCGUCUUUGGUGGCCGUAUUGAUGGGUGUAGACACCAUUCGCAAAGGAGAGAGUGAUAUCUCGAUCGUCGGAGGUACCAAUGGUAUUUUUGAACCGACAAACUCUGCCGCCUUUACUAUGAUGAGUAUGCUUGGCAAAAAGGGUCGUUGUGCUCCAUUUGACGAGGAUGCCGAUGGGUAUUGUCGUGGUGAAGGUGUUGGUGUGGUCGUGCUCAAACGUCUCUCCAAAGCUAUUGCCGACAAUGACGAUAUUUAUUGUAUCAUCAAAGGUGGUAAUUGCAACGUUGAUGGUAAUUUUGAAAAAUCAUCACCCACUGCACCAUCGCCAGCCGCUCAACAAGUCAAUACUCUUGAAGCAUUGAAUAAGGCUGGUGUAUCUCCAUCUGACAUUUACUAUGUCGAAUGUCAUGGUACUGGAACACCCACUGGUGAUCCACUUGAAAUGGCUGGUAUCGCCAAUGUUUUUAGAGGAUCACAUUCAAAAGAGGAACCACUCAGAGUCGGAUCGAUCAAAGGUAACAUUGGACACACUGAAAGUACAGCAGGUGUAGCAUCACUCAUCAAAUGUGCAAUGAUGGUAAAGAAUAGAAUGUUGAUCAAGAAUAUUCAUUUCAACAAACUCAAUCCAAAGAUUGAUCUACUCGGUGGUGAAAUUAAAAUUGUAUUGGAAAAUGAACCAAUCCCAACUGACCUAGAUAAACCAAUCCGAAUGGGUAUUAAUUCUUUUGGUAUUACUGGUAGUAAUUCUCAUUUAAUUAUUGAAGAGUAUAAAAAGAAAGAAGAAAAAGAAGAAACAAAGCAAGAUCAAACAAUUCAUUCAAAUGAAUACUUGAUACCAUUUUCAACAAAUAGUAAAAAAUCAAUUGAUAAAUAUAUUGAAAAGAUUAGAGACAAUGUUGAUCAAUAUAAAGAGAAAAUGUCAUUUGAAGAUUUUGUUUCGAUGCAAACACAAUCAAAAACAACUCACCCAGUUUGUCAACGAGUAUUGGUUGCCAAUGAUUGGGAUUCAUUCAAGGAUGGAAGUGUCCGUACAUUUGAAAAAGAAACAUCAUUUGCAUCAAAUAUUUCACAAUUGGGUACUAAAAAGGAGACGUCAGUUGUGAUGGUAUUCUGUGGUCAAGGUGCGCAAUGGAGUGGAAUGGGUGAAAAACUUUACAACCAUUAUCAAGUAUUCCGUGAAUCUGUCGAUCAUGUAGAUCAAUUAUUAUCACAAUACUAUCAAUACUCUAUUAUUGGUAGACUGAGAGAACAGACAAAUGCAGAUAGUAAAAUGAUUCAUCAUCCAAUCCUUGCUCAACCUUCAACAUUUAUCAUUCAAGUUGCUUUGGUAAAGUUGUAUAAACAUUUUGGUAUUAUUCCUUCAACUGUUGUUGGUCAUAGUUUUGGAGAUGUAACAGGAGCAUGGUGUUCAGGAUUAAUAUCAUUGGAAGAAGCUUGUAGAAUUGUUUAUCAUCGUAGUGUUGCUCAAAAUCAAACAAUUGGAAGUGGUAGAAUGUUAUCAGUAUCUUUAUCAUUUGAUAAAUAUAAAGAAAUGUUCAGUAAACAAGAUCUAUUUGAUCAAGUCCAUGUUGCAUGUUACAAUUCAGCUGAAUCAAUUGUAUUGGCAGGAAAUGAAGAUCAAUUAAAAUCUAUUGAUCAACAAUUGAAAAAUGAUAAUAUAUUUAGUGCAUUCCUUGGUACACCUUGUGCAUUCCAUACUCCAACACAAGAACAAACAAAGGAUUACAUCUUUAAACAUUUGGACAACCAGAUAGAGUAUCAAUCAGAACAACCAAAGAUUAAAUACUUUUCAACAACAACUUCAAACCAAAUUACAUCAUCCUCUUCUUUCAAUGCACAAUACAUUUAUGAUAAUUUAAGAUUACCAGUAUUAUUUGAACAAACUAUUAAUAAUAUUGUGGCUAGUCAACAAGCAGGUGAUAAUCUUUUAUUUUUAGAAAUUGCACCACAUUCAACAUUAUCAUUUUAUUUAAAGAAUUUGACAACCAACUCAACAACAGUAUUAUCACCAUUAAAUAGAAAAAAGGAUGAGGUUGAAUCAAUUCAAUCUUGUCUUUCACAACUUUGGUUUAAUAAUGUAAAUGUUGCAUUCAAGAAUCAAUUAUCAUCAAGUGACAGUGAUUGGAAGAAUAGAACAAGACAUUUACCAAGAUAUCAAUGGGAUACUGAAUACUUUUUAGAUGAACAAGCAGAGUAUAGAAAGAUUCGUUUGGAAGGUAUUUCAACCAAUCUUUUAGGUAUCGCUGAAAACCCAUCGGUUCAUGUUUAUGAAGCAGGUAUUGAUAUCAACAGACCAUCAUAUCAAUAUUUAAAGGGACAUCGAGUAAAAGGAAAAUACUUGUUCCCAGGAACUGGAUACAUGGAACCAAUUCUAUUGGCAUUCCCAGGCAAAGAUAUUAUCAUUCAUAGAUUGAAUUUUAUCAAUGCAUUCUUUUUAAAAGAAGGAGUUCAAUCAAGACUAAGAACAACAUUUACCAGCUCUUCAUCGACAGAGUAUACAUUCAAAGGUGAAUACUUUGAUAAUCAAGCUCAGAAAUGGAUCAAAUCGGCAGUUGGUAGAAUAUCAGUUCAAACUCCAUCAUCGUCACCUCCUCAACAUGCUUAUCCAAGCGUCGAACAACUACGUAAAGAAAAGUACAAUGUUGCCACGAUGACUCACAAUGAAGUCUAUGAAAAGUUGAUAAAGGUUGGUCUUCCCUAUGCUGGAUCAUUCAAACGUGUACAAAGAAUCGAUUUCAACAAGGAUCGUGGUAUCAUGACCGAGGUUGAUGUCAAACCAAAAGAUCGUUUUGAAGAGGAGAAUACCAUUCUCAAUUCAUCGGUACUAGAUUGUAUUCUUCAUGGAGGUAUUGUUAAUUUCCAAGGAGAAGCACCUAAUUGUGAAAUGGUUGCUGAUCGUGUGCGUUCAGUUCACGUAUAUGCCAAUAACAUACCAAAGGUUGGACAAGCCACCUCAUUGUAUUGUAUCUCUCGUGGUACCAUGACACAGCGAGGAAAUGAAUGUAUGGCUUCCUAUGAUGUCAUUGAUCAAGAUGGUAAUGUGAUUGCAUUUAUUGGUAAAGUUGCUAUGUGUUCACUUACCAAAGUAGUAAAAACAUAUCAGCCAAAGAUCCAUCUCAACACAUCAAAGAAUCAUUUAUUCAACCAAAACAAUCACCUCAAAUCAUUAAUAUGA